AUGAAAGAAGAAUCCGGUGGAUUUGCGUUGCCAGCUUUUCUUCCAAAGCUUUCGCACGACAAGCAAGACACGUUGCUCAAACUUCUUGUYCUUUCGAUAGCUGCAAUUUUAUCCUUUUCUACUAGACUAUUCUCAGUUCUAAGGUUUGAAAGUGUUAUCCACGAGUUUGAUCCUUACUUCAAUUACCGUACAACUAGGUUCCUUGUUGAGGAAGGAUUCUAUGAUUUCCAYAAUUGGUUUGAUGAUAGAGCAUGGUAUCCCUUGGGUCGUAUUAUUGGGGGAACCAUCUAUCCUGGUCUGAUGGUUACRUCUGCAGUAAUUUAUCAUGUUAUGAAUUUCUUUCACAUUACUAUCAAUAUUCGUAAUGUAUGUGUGUUCUUGGCUCCAUUGUUCUCAUCAUUAACUACGCUAGUUACUUUCUACUUUACUAAGGAGCUAAAGGAUGCUGGAGCUGGUCUUGUGGCUGCAUCUAUGAUUGCCAUUGUACCAGGGUACAUAUCUCGAUCAGUUGCUGGUUCCUAUGACAAUGAAGGCAUUGCUAUUUUCUGUAUGUUGUUGACCUAUGCAUUGUGGGUUAAAUCUGUCAAGACUGGCUCUCUGUUUUGGGCAACGAUGUGUGCUUUGGCCUACUUUUACAUGGUAUCGUCAUGGGGUGGAUAUGUUUUCCUAAUUAACUUGAUACCUCUACAUGUCCUUGUUCUCAUGGUAACAGGAAGGUUUUCUCACAGGAUUUAUGUGGCAUACUCAGCAUUCUUUUGUCUGGGUACCAUUCUGUCCAUGCAGAUUUCAUUUGUAGGAUUUCAACCAGUUCAAUCCAGUGAACACAUGGCGGCAUUUGGUGUGUUUGGACUGUGUCAGAUCCAUGCCUUUGUUGACUAUGUAAGAGCCCGUAUGCAGCGUGAGCAAUUCCAGUUUCUUUUCAAAGUAGUUGUUGCAACUGCUUUUGUUGCAGUGAUGUCAGUUGGUGGUGUUCUUACAGCAACUGGGAAGAUUUCUCCCUGGACUGGUCGUUUCUACUCUCUUCUUGAUCCAUCCUAUGCUAAGAAUAACAUCCCCAUUAUUGCCUCUGUCUCUGAGCAUCAGCCCACAACAUGGUCGUCUUUCUAUUUUGAUCUUCAAAUGUUAGUAUUCAUGUUCCCUGUCGGGUUAUAUUACUGCUUCUCCAAGCUGACSGAUGCAAACAUCUUUAUUGUGAUGUAUGGCAUUACAAGCAUCUACUUUGCUGGUGUGAUGGUGCGUUUAAUGCUGGUCCUUGCUCCAGUUGCUUGCAUCCUGUCUGGCAUUAGUGUGUCUACGAUCCUGACUACAUACAUGAAGAAUUUAGACAGUCCAAAGGCUCGUGGUACUGGUAAAGUAUCAAAGAAGAGCGACCCAUCUUAUCCCAUCAAGAAUGAAGUUGCUAGUGUCAUGGUUGGUUUAAUGACUGUUUUCCUGAUYACCUAUACCUUCCAUUGUACGUGGGUAACAUCAGAAGCCUAUUCCUCUCCAUCYAUUGUACUGUCCGCUAAACAACAUGAUGGCUCUAGGGUGAUAUUUGAUGAUUUCCGUGAAGCCUAUUACUGGCUAAGACAGAAUACUCCUGAGGAUGCUAAAAUAAUGUCUUGGUGGGAUUAUGGCUAUCAGAUAACGGCAAUGGCGAACAGGACUAUACUGGUGGACAACAAUACUUGGAACAAUACACACAUAUCAAGAGUAGGACAGGCGAUGGCGUCACCUGAGGACAAGUCUUAUGAAAUCAUGAGAGAACUUGAUGUUGACUAUGUUUUGGUCAUUUUCGGUGGAUUGACUGGUUAUGCAUCCGAUGACAUCAACAAGUUCCUAUGGAUGGUUCGUAUCGGUGGAAGUACAGAAAAAGGCAAACACAUCAAAGAACAUGACUAUUACACACCAGCUGGAGAGUUCCGUGUCGACAAAGAAGGCUCACAGACUCUUCUUAACUGUCUAAUGUACAAGAUGUGUUAYUAUCGCUUUGGAUCGGUUUACACUGAGCAAGGCAAACCAACUGGCUACGAUCGUGUACGAAACGCAGAAAUUGGAAACAAGGAAUUCGAGCUUGAUGUCCUGGAAGAAGCCUACACAACAGAGCACUGGCUUGUUCGUAUUUACAAAGUUAAGGAUUUGGACAACCGAGGCUCAUAAAUCAUUGACUAUUUUUAAUAUAUUAAACAAGCUUAUUAGAAUGAGAUUUACACUUGGUACAGCAUUGCAUGAGUGACAUUCAAACACAUUUCUUGUAAUUCUUGUUCCGGACUAAUUUUUUCUUUGCAAAAAGUAGGGAAAAGCAUAUAAACAAUCAUGUUUCAUUCGUAGAAACAGUUGCAAGCAUGUCCAUUUUUAUGCUUCUGUUUUUAUGCUUCUUCAAUGUUUCUAGACAUGGUCCAUUCUGCAGGCAGCCCGAGUAAUGACAAACAAUAUCCUACUCUCAAUAUCCCUCUCUCAUUUUUCGGAGAAUUGUCUGUCCUUAGGCUGAGUUGCCUGUAGUAGCCAAAUGGUUUCGUGUGUCAUUCAGUUAUAAUGCAAUAAGCUCACUGCGUAUACAAUGUUAUUCUCUUUUAGUAUUGAAAAGAAUUAGUGUAAUUUUAUGAAAGCUUGGAUAAAGAAUUUUGUAACAAGUCCAGCAAUAAAGGUGCAAUUUCCUUGUA